CUGGUUCCGACCCGGUGAACUAGUAACCAGGAUCCAGUUCAGAGAAACGUAUCAGUUCUGGGACUGAAAAGGAAUCCGUUUCUUGAAAUUUUUCAUUCUGGAAUUAAUUCUGGAAUUAUCAGAAACCCGCAGAUUUUCCAGCGCACCUGUUACCUGCACGGAGCGCAGCACCAUGAUCCCUCCUGGAGACUGCAUGUAUGCGGGCAGAAAGAGGAGGAAGCCCAUCCAGAAACAGAAACCGUCCUCUGCUAAUGAAAAAACCAACCCUUCCAAACGGCACCGGGACCGGCUGAACGCGGAGCUGGACCGGCUGGCCAGCCUGCUGCCGUUCCCCCAGGAUGUCAUCUCCAAGUUGGACAAGCUGUCGGUGCUUCGCCUGGCUGUCUCCUACCUCCGAGUCAAGAGUUUCUUCCAAGCGAGUCAAGAGAAAACUUCCAGGAAGCACAUCAUCAGCACAUCCUCUAACCCUGAAUCCCAGAAAGACAGUCUUCCGCUGGGCACAGCCGUCAAUGAAAGCAGCCUCCUUCUGGAGUCUAUGACUGGAUUCGCCUUGGUGGUCAGCAGUGAUGGGAUGGUUUUCUAUGCUUCCUCAACCAUUGUGGACUACCUGGGAUUUCACCAGACUGACGUGAUGCACCAAAACGUGUUUGACUACAUCCACAUAGACGAUCGUCAGGAGUUCAGACGCCAGCUCCACUGGGCCAUGUGUCCUCCGCAGCACCAGGGUGCAACAGCACAGCAGGAUAACCAGAUAGCUUCAGGAACCGGUGACGAGUUUGUAGUGACCAGCUUAUUUAAUUCUCCAGAGGCUGGAGAAAUUCCUCCUGAGCUCUCUGGAUUUCUCAGCAGAUGUUUCAUAGCCAGAGUUAGAUGUCUCUUGGAUAGCACUUCUGGAUUCUUGACAAUGCAGUUCCAGGGCCGCUUAAAGUUCCUCCAUGGGCAAAAAAAGAAGUCCCCCUCUGGUGCACUGAUGCCCCCCCACCUGGCUCUGUUCUGCAUAGCUGUACCUCUCUUACUGCCCUCCAUCAUGGAGAUGAAAGUGAAGAACAUUUUAAUAAGAGGAAAAAACAAAGGAGGAGGAAUUACCUCUGCAAUGGAUAAUGGCGAGCGUGGAGAACAUCUCCGGAGGCACUCCUUCGGUGGAGGUAUGGGGGACAAUGCAGACACUCUCCUCCUGUCCUGUCCCAUAUCAGGCGGUACUCAAAGGGGUCACCACACUCCCUGGACCCCACUCUGCAAAGACAACCUCAAGUAUUGCCCUGAUGGCUACUACAACCAGGAGGAGCCGCUCAACUACUGCAAGUCGUCCAUGGCUCCCCAUAAAGAGCCGAGCGGUGGCCUGGGUGGUGGCUGGCCUCUGCGGCAGAACUCUGGCCCAAUCAGAGCGGGCCAGGGAGUCAGCUACAUCCCUCCGAACCGCCUGAACAGAACUGGCCAGUAUGGGAAGCCGUACCGCCUUUCUCCGAGCUGUCACAGUGGCCGCGGCACUGAGGUGUUCAUCUCCAAGCUCUACGGGAACACCCAGAUGCCGACCGAUCCAGAUUCUUACUGUGUGGACCUGGUGAAGAGCGAGAACGGGUACGCAGAAUGGCCUGAGAUGCCACCCAUCAAGGUUGAGCAUGACUCGGACUCGGAGAACGGAUGCGACACAUAUGGGCGAACGUGGGCUUGCCGGGAACCGGUGGCCAUGGAGCGGCGUUAUGGCAAUGGGGUGUAUGACCCAAACUCUGGGUUGCAACUGAAAUUGGAGACAGAUUAUUAUGACCCACCAUACUCACCCUGCCAGAGAGGAAAAGCAGGGGUCAGCCCCCCGUACAACAACUAUCUGAGCUACAAUAGUGGGAGCGGUACCGGACGCCAGUUUAAAUGUGACAAAACCAGUGACUUGGCCCAGUUCAGUCCUCAGAGACUCCCAGAUUCACUAUGCAGCAACCAACCAGUCAACCUCAUGGACUCACAGAUCUAUGCACAGAACCAUCACAAGGCCUACAUGGACUACAGCAAACAAGGCACUUAUGAUUUCAAAGGUCACGGCCUGAUCCAUUCGAUCAAGAGGGAGCCUGUGGAUUCCCCCCCUUGGUCGGAGAACGGACAUGACUUCAACCCGCCCAUGAUGGCCGGUUCCAGAAACGCUGGUGCCUGUGUGAUGAGCUCUGGACACCAAAAACCCAGCUCCUACGUUUACAUGCCGUAAGAGUGAUGGGUGGUCACCUGCACAUACACACCUACACCCCCCAUCCACCCCCCCCCCCCCCCCCCCCCCCAUCCUCCACCACUGUGCACAAUCACACAAACCAGAGUGUGUGUUAAAAUGUUUUGCUCCAUUUUGUAUCAUAAAUAUUUACCAGCAUCACAGGAGAAGUUUUUAAGAUGUCAGAACCUUCUUCUAUUCGAUGAAGAUGCCUCAGACGUCCCCGACGUCCCUGACAUCAUUCUCAGGUUCAAACGUCACAAAUGAGACUCUCGGUCCAGAUUAUAGAUGGUUGAAGGUUUUUAAGUUCCAAGCACUUUUGGAUUUAAUGACAAUCAGACAAACAAUGUCAAGAAACACAAUCUAACUUGCUUUUCAUGUUGUGCACACCAGACUGUUGAGAGAGAAACAAAGUUUUUCUUGCCACUUUUUUUUUUACUUCCACUUGCCAUGUUUAUUAAACUGAAGAUAGAAUAUUAAAAGGAUAUCCAAAAAGCCAGGAAUAAAAACUGAAAGAGUUGUUUUUUUCUGUUUCCAAAAAAAACUUUGC